AUGAUGAUUAUACUGUAUGCAUGGUUUGGAAUGCAUUAAGUGUCGAAAUAUUUGUUUAUUUAAACUGAAUUCAAGUAUUAAUAAAAUUCGGUUGAGAAUUUAUGUUUGUUAAAUUAUUCUAACCUAUAAAAGUAUGGAUAUUCCAACUCCUUCGAGUCUAAAUCAUGGAUUUCCUCACGGUAAUGAUGGAUUUUUAAACAUACCCAUUGAAUCCACAAAUUUGGAUGCGUUAUCGACAAAACGUAGAAGCUCUUCACGCACAAUUAAACGUAGGAAAUUUGACGAUGAGCUUGUUGAAACAACAUUUAACUUACAACCGCCAGCUACAAGUGCAAAGUCUGCCUCUAGAUCUAGAACUAUUUCAAUUUCUACCACUCCAAUGGAAUGUGUUCCGCAACAAAAUGUUCCAAGUCCUAUACCAAUUUCUGCAAAUGUCUCUCAAUCGGAUAGAUGUAAUCGACGGACAAGUAGACCUGGUGGAUCAAAUGCACCGGGAAGAAAAAACAAGAAGAAUAAAAACCAUUCGCAUUCUGUAAAUGCUACAAAAGAUCUGGGAAGGUGGAAACCUACAGAUGAUUUAGCAUUAAUCACUGGUGUACAACAAACAAACGAUUUAAGAAUGGUCCACAGAGGUACAAAAUUCUCUUGCCGUUUUACAUUACAAGAAAUACAACAAAGAUGGUAUGCUCUACUAUAUGAUAGUGCAGUUUCAAGAGUAGCAGUGCAAGCUAUGCGUAAUUUACAUCCAGAAUUAAUUGCGAGUGUACAAGCCAGAACUUUAUAUAGCAAAGCAGAAGAAGAUCUCCUUGGCACUAUAAAAUCGACUUCUCAACCAACUUUGGAAGUAUUUCAGGAACUGUUUGAAGCAAAUGCACAUACAUUUUAUUCUGCUAGAACUGCGAAAGCUUUGUUAAGUCAUUGGCAAUUAAUGAAACAGUAUCAUCUUCUUCCUGAUCAAACUGCGCAAAGUUUGCCGCGCGGUGAACAUGUUCUUAAUUUUUCUGAUGCAGAAGAAAUGAUCAAUGAUACAGAGUUACUCGAACAAAAAGAUGAGUUUGUAGAUGCAGAACUUGUUACAGUAGAUAGAAGAAAUAAGAGAGAGAUAAAAGUGUUGGAAAAUGAAUUGUGUAGAUGGCAGGUUCUAGUUGAUAGUGUAACAGGAGUGAAUCCACCAGAUUUUGAUAAUCAAACCUUGGCAAUACUUAGAGGAAGACUUGUUCGAUAUUUAAUGAGAUCACGAGAGAUUACUGUAGGUCGUUCGACAAAAGACCACAAUGUGGAUGUAGAUUUGACAUUAGAAGGACCAGCCUGGAAAGUUUCACGCAGACAAGGAACUAUUCGUCUAAGAAAUAAUGGGGACUUUUUUCUUUCUUCGGAAGGAAAGCGACCAAUUUUUGUAGACAGUAGGCCAAUUCUUGCCGGAAAUAAAAUGAAGCUUAACAAUAAUAGUGUAAUCGAGAUUGCAGGUCUCAGGUUUAUAUUUUUAAUAAAUCAGGAACUUAUUUCAGUUAUACGCCAGGAAGCAGUUAAACUGAAUUUAAAGCCAUGAACAUUCUAUUUCAUUCCUUAAUUAGUACUCGACAUUAUUGUAAGCAAAAUAUUGUUUAGUAUAUAUUUAUUACAUUAUACAGGAGCUUUGUAUAAAGUACACUGAAAUUGUUCAGUUAAGAAAAUAAUAAAUUUUGCUCAAUUUCGUA